AUGACUUUACUUGCUGUUGGCAACUUCCUCGACCCAUUGUUUUCUGACAGAUGUGUGGCUGGCAAGAGGGACUUACUAAACUAUUCUACAGCAUUGGUUUCUAACCUUGGUGAAGGACUUUUUGCAUCAGUUAGAUAUGCUGCAGUACAUUUAUCAUCAUAUAGGCAUUCCAAUAUCCAUGGUUAUGUUUUGGAAAAUAAUGCACCAAGUGUGUCGGAUGUUUGUGGAGAUAUCCAGGGUGUUGUUGAGAAAUACAUGAGCAAAGAUAAAUGGGGUUUGAAGGAGUGGGUCAUAGCUAAUUGUGGUAUUGUCACCAAUAACUCAGCAAGGGUUGUUCUUAACAUGAAGACUUGCUUGCUGGGUGCGCUUCUCACAGCCGGUCUCAAGCCCGGGGCAAGGAGGAGAGGUGCUAUGAAGAUUGAAAUAUUUGCUCAUGAUGCAAUGGCUAUUCCCUCUAAUAUGAUGGGUCUGAUGAUAGGAAAUGCUUGCAAGCAGGGUGGUUUCUUACAUUCUCCCGAGUGUCUUGAAGACCUUAUGGACAAUCUUGGAGGUGAAAUGAGCGAAGUUUGUCUUGGAUUGGUUACUUCCCUCACAGCUAGUUGGAUUUGGGAAUUUCUUGGACCAAUUGCUUUUAAGUAUUUCUUGUAUGGGAAGAGUCAAGACAUUUGGGAAGGUUCAUCAGCUCCAUCUAUGCUUUGA